UUGUGACUCACCAGUAACUUCCUCAGUAGUAGGACAAAAGUAGCCGGCAGGCUGCAUCCCUCCUCACCGCAGAGCUCCAGUCAGAAGAAACAGAAAAAAGUUUGCGCGGCGGUGAGAAGACGCUCCUGGAUCCGUCGGAGUUAAACGAGCUGAGCUGAUCCGAGGAGGAGGAAAGCUUCUCAUUGACAUCUGGCAUUAAGGUGUCUCCUCACUUCAGACCGCUCUGCUCCUCCUGACCUGCAGAGAAUCUACAAUGGCCGACCGUUUCGACUGCGUCAACUGCAAAGAGUCCCUGUACGGCCGCAAGUACAUCCAGUCCGAUGACAGCCCGUACUGCAUCCCCUGCUACGACAGCCUGUUCUCCAACACGUGUGACGAGUGCAAGGAGCUGAUCGCCCAUGAUGCAAGGGAGCUCUUCUAUGAGGACCGACACUAUCACGAGCACUGCUUCCGCUGCUUCCGCUGCGACCGCUCUUUGGCGGACGAGCCGUUCACCAGCCAGGACGACGCCCUACUCUGCAACGACUGCUACUGUAACGAGUUCUCCUCCAAGUGUGUGGCCUGCGACAAGAUCGUGAUGCCAGGCACCAGGAAGUUGGAGUACGGCGGCUCCACGUGGCACGAGGGCUGCUUCACCUGUCACAGCUGCGAGCAGCCGAUCGGCUCCAAGUCCUUCAUCCCCGACAAGGAGGAGCACUACUGUGUCUCCUGCUACGAGGACAAGUUCGCUCCUCGCUGCACGCGCUGUAAAAAGACCCUGGCUAAAGGGGGUGUGACCUAUCGGGAGGAGCCGUGGCACAAGGAGUGUUUCGUGUGCACCAGCUGUAAGACGCAGCUGGCGGGUCAACACUUCACCUCCCGAGACGACAGCCCUUACUGCCUCAAGUGCUUCGGCAGCCUGUACGCCAAGAAGUGCGAGGCCUGCAGCAAACCCAUCACAGGCUUCGGGGGAGGAAAGUACAUCUCAUUCGAGGAUCGCCAGUGGCACCAGCCGUGUUUCUCCUGCUCCCAGUGCUCGGUGACUCUGGUGGGCGCCGGCUUCUUCCCCGACGGCGAGAGGAUCCUCUGCCGCGAAUGUAACACCAACCUAUAGAGCAGCCCACUCACAGUGUACUCCCUCCUUUCGUCCUUCUGUCACAGCAUUUCAAGAACCCCUAGGUCAUUACCGAGGAAGGUAACACAGGCUGACUAAUGCUGCCUCUCAGGUUGUUUUAUACAAAGACGUCAGCCCCCUCACCGUCCCGUC